CCUUCAUUGGAGUGUGUUUAGGGACUGCUGGGUUUCUCUUUUUUAUUUUCAUAUUAUUUUUAUUUGGGGGGGGGGGCUGUUUCCCCACUUUUUAAAGACUAUCUUUCUCUUAGCCUCCUUGUCUGCGGGGCUCCUCCAUGGCUGGGAGCGAGUGGGACUGGUUUCAGCGGGAGGAGAUGAUCGGGCAGAUCACAGACCUCCGGGUCCAAAACCUCCAAGUGGAGAGGGAAAAUGUGCAGAAAAGGACUUUCACCCGAUGGAUAAAUCUACAUUUGGAAAAGUGCAGCCCACCUCUGGAAGUGAAAGAUUUGCUGGUUGACAUUAAGGAUGGCAAAAUUUUGAUGGCAUUACUAGAAGUUUUGUCUGGACAGAAUCUGCUGCAUGAGUACAAGCCUUCAACUCACCGUAUUUUUCGCCUGAACAACAUUGCAAAAGCCUUAAAGUUUUUGGAAGACAGCAAUGUAAAGCUGGUUAGUAUUGAUGCAGCUGAAAUAGCAGAUGGAAACUCGUCAAUGAUAUUGGGCCUGAUAUGGAACAUAAUCUUGUUUUUUCAGAUUAAGGAACUUACUGGCAACCUCAAUAGGAACUCCUCCUCUUCCAGCCUGUCAUCAGGGCCCAGCGGCCCUGAUUCAGACACUUCUCAUCCCAGCACGCCUAAUGUGGAGAGAAGCAUGUCUAUUUCAGUGAAGGAUCAGCGAAAAGCAAUCAAGGCUCUUUUAACCUGGGUUCAAAGAAAAACAAGAAAGUAUGGCAUUGCAGUUCAGGACUUUGCCAGCAGUUGGCGAAGUGGGAUUGCAUUUUUGGCUGUUGUCAAAGCAAUAGAUUCUAGCCUAGUAGACAUGAAGCAAGCUUUGGAGAAAACACCCAAGGAAAAUUUAGAGGAUGCCUUCAACAUAGCACAAGACCAGCUGGGUAUUCCUAGAUUGCUGGAGCCAGAAGACAUCAUGGUUGAGUCACCCGAUGAACAGUCAAUUGUGACCUACGUGGCACAGUUUUUGGAGCAUUUCCCAGAACUGGAAGGGGAAGAUUUUUCAGACGCGGACAAGGAGUUUCAAGCUGAACCUACGUACGUCCAUGUCAAGGAAACACCAGGGGACGCAAAGCAAGAAAAGGUUUUAAUUCUGAAUGAAAAUGGGGAACACACAUAUACUCCUGACUUAGACAGAAGCCACUCACCACCUCCCAAAAUCCAUAUUCUUAGUUUACCCCUUGAUCAGGAGAACCAGAAUUUUCAUAUGGCACAUGAAGAACUUCAUAAUAAUCAGGAUCAUCCAGAGAUUUUGACAGGAGAACCCCAGCGGCCCAGCUCACUGCCAAUACCAGAACCAACUGGUUUUCAAUCUAGUCCUAAUACUGACAUUAUCACCAAAAAUGUGAACAAGUCUGAUGGGAAUCAACGGAGGAUGAGUGAUCCCCUGAAGCAGAAUGAGGAUCUUCCCCCGACCGUUCUUAUGUAUCGCACACAUUCUCUUGAGCCAGUUGACUCUGAGGAGUCAAAGCCAACCAGUGAAACCAAAGAAACACUUGAAAGAAGGACUCGCUCCUUACCUUGGAAUUCACAUCCACCUAAAAAUGUACCAGAACAUCCGACAAAGGACCUUGAAUUUCCAAUUUCAGGUUCUCAAGAGGAAGAAUCUGCCCAUAAGUAUGUAUUACAAAUGUUGAAUGAGGAAAUAUCCAAGUUUCCAGAAAAUCCUGAAUAUGCAAAGCAAAUGUCAGACAAGAACAAAACAUAUGCAUCUUGCCAGGAAACUGAUGAGCCUGAUUUUAGGGAUACUUCUGAGGCACCAUGUCCAUCUGAAUGUUUUUCCUUAACAAUCAGAAACACUCCUAAGAGCCUAGAUAUUACCAAUGAAGAUGGGUCAAUGGCUAUGAAAGCACCAAAUUCUUCUAAAGUUUCUGUAAUUCCCCAUGAUCUCUUCUAUUAUCCACAUUAUGAUGUUCCCAUAUCAGAAGUGUUGAAUGCUUUUGCCUCCCCCAACCAGGACUUAGAUCCAGAUCCUUCCCUUUCAGAAAACAACAAAAUCUGUGCUGAGAUCAUUGUGAAUUGUUUAGCUGAAAAAGAGACCCAUAGUCUAAACUUUGAGGAGGAUAUUUCAAAGCCAACCCUACACACCAAAACAAAGGAUGAACCAGCAGCAGCGGAUGACAAAGAGUUAGAAAAGCAGAAGAAAGAAUCUCAUAGUCAUAAGAAGUCUUCCCUUAACAAGACUAUUCCUGCAGGGAAGAAUGUGUGUCCUAAAGCAAACAGCAAUAUAUCCUCCACUCAGACAAAUUCUGGUCACCCAGAUAUCCCUGUGAUUGUGGUAAACCAGUUUGAUACUGCAGCUGAAGAAAGAAAACUACCAGAAGAAAGAAGUAAAAAGAAAGAGAAACGGAAGAACAAGGCAAUUUUCCAAGGAGAAAAUGCUCAGAGUCCAAAAGCUGGCUCUACUCGGUUAUUAGAUAAGCAAGAAGAAGAACCUGUAGAUUAUCAGGGACUCUCAAGAAUUAGCCACAGUGAUCCCAAUGUUUUCCAAAGAUAUGUUUCUGAUUCUUCCUCUAAGGAAAAUGAUAGUACUGAUCUACAGAGGAGCACAGGCACAAGUGAAAGCACAAGUCCUUCUGUCAGGAAGAGAAAAGACCCUGAAACGAAAGAAGCUCCAGAAAAGUCUAGUUCACAUAUUUCCACUUCACGAUCAGACCAACCUGAACUCUUUUACUUCAUAAUUUUCCUCUGGGUGCUUGUUUACUGCUUAUUGCUUCUUCCACAGCUUGUUAGCAGCAGGCAUUGAUCUCUGUGAGUGAGUCAGAAUAAUAAAAGAUAGCAGCUUGA